AUGCUACCUUCCUCCUCAGAGGGGAGGAAUAAGUGGAGGAAGCGGAAAAGGGGGAACCAGAUUUCUCGGAAAUCUAAAAUCAAUGAACCUCUAAAUGAUGAAGCUUUUGAGGAGAACUAUGACGAAGAUGACCCUGACCAGGACCCACCUCAUAACCACCCCGAAACUGACUAUGAUCACCACCAUCAAAGUGCAGAUCGGACCACAUCCGUGUCAGGAUCAAAAGAAAGUGAAACGUUGGUUGAUGGUGGGGUGAAAAUAUGUGAGUUCCCAGUAGCAGUUAAAAGGGUUGUCAGUAGGCCCCACUCAUCGGUAUUGGGGAUUGUGGACGUGGAGAGGUCAGGGCGAAAUGGAGAGAGGAGAGGGCAGGGCCAGAAUGGGGUGGCGGUGUUGGAAAACAUUUCAUAUGGACAGCUGCAGGUGCUCUCUGCUGUGCCGCGGGAUAGUGUGGCUUUAUUAGGGGCUUCUGAGGAGGAGACUGCAAGCAGGAGCGGGGGUGCAUCAUAUGCGAUCACGCCUCCGCCAAUAAUUGCUGGCUGCGGUGUUACUAAAAGGUUUGGGAGCGCUGGUCGAGUCCAUGUUGUGCCAGUGCAUGCAGACUGGUUUUCACCAAAUUCAGUGCAUAGAUUGGAGAGACAAGUGGUGCCUCAUUUUUUCUCUGGGAAGUCAGUUGAUCAUACACCAGAGAAGUACAUGGAAUGUCGGAAUUUUAUUGUUGCAAAGUACAUGGAGAACCCAGAGAAGCGCUUAUCUGUCACUGAUUGCCAGGAACUCGUAAACGGUAUUGAUGUGGAUGAUUUAACUCGGAUUAUGAGAUUUCUUGAUCAUUGGGGAAUCAUAAACUAUUGUGCAACUCCUCUUAAAUCUGAGCUCCAGAAGGAUGGAACAUAUUUAUGCCAGGAUUCAAAUGGCGAACUUCAUGUGCCUUCAGAUGCUUUGAAAUCCAUUCAUAGUUUGAUUCACUUUGACAAGCCUAAAUGUAGGCUCAAGGCAACAGAUAUUUAUCCAGAACUUGGUCGUCCGCACGAAGAGGACUCCGACUUGGACAGCACCAUCCGAGAGCAAUUAUCUGAGCAUCAAUGUAAUCAUUGCUCUAGGUCAACUCCUGUUGUGUAUUAUCAGUCGCAGAAAGAGGUUGAUGUACUAUUGUGUUUGGAAUGCUUCAAUGAGGGAAGAUUUGUUGCCUGUCACUCUAGCCUUGAUUUUGUGAAGGUCAGUUCCACAAAUGAUUAUGGAGAUGCAGAUGGAGAUAAUUGGAGUGACCAGGAAACACUACUUCUACUUGAGGGGAUGCAACUGUACAACGAAAACUGGAAUCAAAUUGCUGAGCAUGUUGGUACAAAGUCAAAAGCACAGUGCAUCCUUCAUUUUGUGCGGCUUCCUCUGGAUGGUUCUUCGCUGGUAAACAUCGAUGUUACAAGCAUACCUGGUUCGUCAAAUGCACAGAGCCAAGAUAAUCAUAGAAUAUUACAUCCCCAUUCAAAUGGGUCCAGCUUGCAAGAUGGUGAUUUUGAAAAUAAAUUUCCGUUUGCGAAUUCCAGAAACCCUGUUUUGAACCUGGUCGCCUUUCUGGCCUCUGCAUUGGGGCCAAGAGUGGCUGCAGCCUGUGCCCAUGGUUCCUUGGCCGCCUUAUCUAAGGACAAUUGUGAGAGAGCGAUUCAUCAAGGGAAAAACACAAAUUGUAGUAAAAAAGAAGAUAUGAUUGGAGGGCAAAGUCAUUGGAGUCAACAGGAUACAGAGGCUUCUCCAUUAUCUGCCGAAAGCGUGAGGGCUGCUGCUGAAGCUGGUCUUGCUGCUGCAGCAAUGAAAGCGAAGCUUUUCGCUGAUCACGAAGAACGUGAAAUUCAAAGGUUAUCUGCUAAUAUUGUGAAUCAUCAGUUGAAGAGAUUAGAGCUUAAGCUGAAGCAGUUUGCAGAAAUUGAGACCUUAUUGAUGAGAGAAUGCGAACAGUUGGAAAGAACGCGGCAGAGGUUGGCUGCAGAACGGGGCCUCAUGAUGUCAUCACAGUUUGGAUCUACUGGAGGAUCUCGAGCAAUGGGCCAUCCGGUUGGUUCAGCCAUAACUAAUAAUAAUUUGGGAAAUAGGCAGCAAGUUAUUUCAGGCUCUCAACAACCCUUUGUUUCCGGGUAUGGCAAUAACCAACCAGUCCAUCCCCGUAUGCCCCUUAUGCAACAGGGGAUGUCUGAUCUUGGGCCCCAGCUGCCACUAUCAGCUAUACGCCCAAGCUCUUCAACCCCGAAUGCACUGUUUAACCCUGGAAAUUCCCAGCCGUCUCUCAGUCAUCCGAUGCUUAGACCUGUAUCGGGGACUAAAACUGGGGGUGAAGGGAAGGAUUCUUCAAAAUGGAUUGUAGUUGCUGAGGCUGGGCUGGGCUGUAUGAGCUUGGAAGCAAGGCCUGGGUUCGACUCAGUGAGAUUGGUAAAACCAAUUGGUUGA